AUGGACAAGCUAACUCCAUCUCAAUGGAAGGUAAUAAAUAAGUCAUAUGAACCAGCGUCUACGAUAAAAGUCAUUGCGGGCCCAGGCUCAGGAAAAACGCUAACGCUACUAUAUAAAGUACUACAUUUAAUUACUGUGGAGAAUAUUAAGCCUGAAGAAAUACUUAUAUUUUCGUUAACAAACAAAGCAGUUGAUAGUAUAAUAGAAAAUUUACUGUCCAUUUUCGAAAACUCGCAUACAAAUAAGGAAAUUGUCCAUCAGAUUGGGUGUUACACAGUUCAUGGGUUGGCUAAUAGAAUCGUUGUAGAGAAUGAGGGGAUGAUAAACAUUAUAGAAGAGAUUGGAUGGAGAGGAUUAAUGAAGUUGUUACCGCCGUCAAAGAGAACCCCCCAUCAUUUCAGAUCAUAUAAGGAACUCGAGAAAGUUGUUAAGGAUUACAAGCUAAACAACGCAAAAAAUAAUAACCCCGUCAUUGAGAAACUAGUUGAACUGAUGGAUAACUGUAAAGUGAUGACCAAUGAUGAUUUGAUCAUUCGCGCAAAAAAAUACUUAGAGCUUGAUUCUUCUGAUUCAGAUGCAUCGUCUUUUACUCAAGAUCUCCGCAAUAAAUACAAGGUUGUUCUUAUCGAUGAAUUUCAGGACCUCUAUCCAAGUUUAGCACCCUUAAUUACCAUGAUUUGCAAAGGCAAGCAGCUCAUUAUGUUUGGUGAUACAAAUCAAAGCAUAUACGGAUUUUUGGGGAGUAACAACGAGAUUAUGUCACAAUUAGACAAUCUUCACCCAAAAAAUUCCACGACUGUCCUGAAAUUAUUUGAUAAUUUUAGGUCUACCCCCGAAAUAAUCUCUCUAGCAUCAAAAAUUAUCAAUCGUCCACUAGCAGAGAAACAGAUUAUCGAUGAUACUGAUGAAACACCAUCAGAGCUAGUUCGCAAGCUACCGAGUGGUGUUUCACCUCAAAUAAUGACAUUUGAUGAUCUAGCCGCAGAAUCUGAAUUUAUUAUUGAUAAAAUUACCCAAUUGAUUUGUUCUUCUGCAAAGUUUUCCGAUAUAGCAAUUCUAUCAAGAACAAAUUCACAUCUAACGGCUAUAGCCAGUAUUUUGAAGAAAUAUGGUAUUCCUUAUCAAAAACUAAAGAGUCAACCUGAUUGGAUGGACGAUUUACGAAUUCAAUUCCUUUUAGAUAUUCUAAAAGUGUGUUCUUUAGCCUCCGACGAAAAGCAUAAUCGUGAGUUCAAUACGGGUGAUAAAUGGCAAAGUAACUUCAGCAUUUUGGUCACAAUGAGCGCUCUCAAAGGGAUUGGCGAUGCUUCAAUACAAGCCUUGUAUAAAGCAUGCAGCCUGAAAAAUCUGUCAAUUUGGAAAUACCUAACUAUGGUUCCCAAUUUUGAAUGGCCAUUGGGCCUCUCCAUAAAGAAAAAAAUGGAAAAUUACACUUCAAAUUUAUAUGAAAUGAUCGAAAAUGAUCAAGUUCAUCAAUUAGAUGAUCCGAUGGAACUUUUAGAAAAAGUUGCUAGCAUCACAAAUAACUUAAACCUAAAUCCUACCUACUUCCAAUCCUUAAGUGAUGCUCAAUCAUCUUUAGAGUUUAAAACACAUCUACAAGAGAUGGCACAAGUAAUGAAGGUCUCAAAAUCUAAUAAGCCCCCGGGUAUUUCAUUUGUUAAAUGGUUUCUAGAGACAUAUUUUGAUCAAACGAUGGUCUUUCACCAGUCUCAGCAGGCAUUACAAACUACCGGUCCGGGGACAGUAAAACUAUCUACCAUCCAUUCUGCAAAGGGUUUAGAAUUUCCCAUAGUAUUUCUAACAAACGGGAGCAUGUCCAAUUUCCCAAUGGAUACAAACGCCCUUUAUGUGGGGAUAACUAGGGCAAGAAACUUGUUGUACAUGUGCAACAUGAAGCACGAGAGACUGGUCAGUAAAUCAUCACCAUACUCAAGAAACAUAAUGUCUAAUAAUUUAUUCUGGACUUACUACAAUAAGGAUUUGAAACGAUCUGUAUGUGACGUUAAGGUGACACAUGGUUAUAAUGUGCAGCGAUACAAUCAGUUACGUAAAAAUUUUGGAUUUUAUAGAGCAUAUUCUUCACUAAGAGGUUGUAAGAGCGUUUUCAGACGUAUAUAG